AUCUCCGUGAAAGCAUCGGCGCAAAAACUAGUUGACCUGACCAUGCCCUGCGCUGGCUCCUAUUAAUACCCUCGUCUUCCUCGCACUCCUCUCCUCCUUCAUAUCCCUCUCGGUAAACGGUGCUUCCCGGCCAUCGGUGGCUGGCUGCUGGCUGCUGCUUCUUGUGUUGGUUCCACUGCCGUCUACCGUGGAGAUCGGCAGCAGCAGCCGUCGGUCCUCUCUUCUAGCUCCUGCCGAUCGAUCGAUUGAUCGGUCUGAGGGGGGAGCGAGCUGCGUGGUGGCGGUGGCGGCCGCCGGGGAGGCGAUGAAUUCGCUGAGCAUGGUGGAGGCGAGGCUGCCGCCGGGGUUCAGGUUCCACCCGCGGGACGACGAGCUCGUGCUCGACUACCUGGCAAAGAAACUCGGCGGCGGCGGCGGCGGAGGGGCGGCGGCUGCGGCGGCGAGCAUCUACGGCUGCCCCACCAUGGUCGACGUCGAUCUCAACAAGAUCGAGCCCUGGGACCUCCCUGAAAUUGCAUUCAUUGGCGGCAAGGAGUGGUACUUCUACAGCUUGAGGGACAGGAAGUACGCUACAGGCCAGAGAACAAAUAGAGCAACUGAAUCGGGCUACUGGAAGGCCACCGGAAAAGACCGAUCGAUAAGCCGGAAAGGGUUGCUAGUUGGCAUGAGAAAAACCCUGGUGUUCUAUCAAGGCAGAGCCCCUAAGGGGAAGAAGACUGAGUGGGUCAUGCACGAAUUCCGCAAGGAAGGGCAAGGCGAUCUGAUGAAGUUGCCACUCAAGGAGGACUGGGUCUUGUGUAGGGUUUUCUACAAGACUAGGGCAACCGUUGCCAAGCCACCCACAGGGAGCAGCUACAACAUUGACAGUGCAGCCGCAACCUCACUGCCUCCUCUCGUUGACAACUACAUUGCCUUUGACCAUCCUGGAGUGUCGACGGUGCAAAACCUAGAGGGUUAUGAGCAAGUGCCCUGCUUCUCCAAUGGCCCCUCCUCCCACCUGUCAUCAUCGGCCUCGAUGAACAUCCCGGUGACGGCGAUGGCGCCCAUGGCUGGUGAUCCGGAGCAGCAGCACAUGGGGAAGGCGAUCAAGGACGCGCUGAGCCAGCUCACCAGGUUUGAGCAAGGCAACGUGAAGAGGGAGGCGCCUGCCCAGGGUGGUGUGUUUGCUCAAGAUGGGUUCGAGUACUUAGCUGAGAGUGGCUUCUCACAGAUGUGGAACUCACUCAAUGGAUUUUCUAGCUAGGGAUAUUAUUGCUACCAAUCAAGGGUGGAUAUAACUCUUGAAAAGAAGAUCUAGACUUGGGUGUGUGUGCCUAUAUGUGUGCUAUUGCA